GCAGAGACUGACUAAAAACUUUGUGGGUCGUCUCCCUUCAACCUACACGCGACAAGCUUGCGUUAUCACAAUCGCGCACCUGAAGCGUAGCAAAAGUUAGCUUGCCUGUAUAGCCGAUUAUCAAUCGCAUGAUGUUCUUAAGAGAAAGUGAAGCGGAGUAUAGCGCGGUCUGUGGUGCGUAAUCCACCGCUGCAACAGCCUGUACCUGGUUGCUUUUAUCCAACUCUUCAUCGCAACCAGCCUCCUACUAGUCAGGCCACUCUAAUUAUUGUCCCGCUAUUCAUCAAAGAAAUAUCAUGAAUGAAACACAAGAGCUGCGGCGAAUGCCGAAAGGAGAACGCUGCCCAGAAUGUGGCAACCAGAAAUGGUAUCUCCAAGACGGUCGCAGGUUCUGCGCUAGAGGCCAUCAGCUGGAGGGCUUCAUUCAAUUCGAUCUUGGCGACGAAGAAGACUCCGGAAAGCAGGGCACAAUCACCCGCAAACAAAAGGUUGCCAGAGAAGAGGAAAAGCGAACUCUUAAAGGGCAAGCUGGUAAAUCUUUAUACCUUGAGGCUUUACAAUUCAUCCUACGGCUUCAACUUUCAUGGCUAGUCAAAGAAAAUGGGUAUAGAGAGGAACUUGAAACUACAGUCCGCGACCUUUGGGAUCUUCGUAUUAGAGAAUUCCCAGACGAAAAGGCUUCGCAGGAUGGCCAUCUGGAGAUCUUCAGCUCUCAAGAUGUGGGCGAUGCAGGCUUGGAAGGCGUUUCAUCCUCGUCAGCCAGAGCCCAAAGUUGGAAAUCAGAACGAGGGUUGGCUUGGCCAAUGCCAGGUAUUCGCGACACAUUAGCUCUGUGUUAUUUGGGUUGCUGUCUGUUGCAAAUACCAACUCGGAUCGGAGAAUUCCAACAAUGGGCACUCAGUGGUCACAUUCCUUUCAGAAAGGCUUUUGAACAAAUACCACAAGAAAUGCAAGAUAGAAUGCCCCCUGCAUAUGCCACGCACAUGAAAAUUCCAAUUCGUGAGCCACUGGUUCCCGGUCAACUCCACAAUGCGGUUCUUGCAUUGGCAACAUCGUUUGACUACAACUACGGCUUGGUAUUUCCACAGUUGAAUUACGUUCCUAUACUGGUCCAAUAUGCGCGGAUAUUGUGCAUACCCAUUGAAACCACAAUUGUUGCCCAAACACUGCGCGAAGCACUCUCGUACGACUUUAGUUUCCCAAUCAAACAUAAACGGGUAUUCCCACUUCAACAUCCGGAUAUUCGGCUCAUUUCUUUAUUUACUAUUGCCGUGAAGCUCUGUUUUCCGUUCGACUCAGCUGCGGUCCCUCUACGCGUCGCCGGCGCACCGAUUCAAUCCUCUCUCGACUGGAGUAAAUGGAGACCAAAUCGUUCCACGGAUACACAUGAAUCAACAAAACGCAUCGAUAUUAGCAAGGUUACACCUAAUGAUGUUGUUGCCAUGAGGCCUGACGACUUAGACACAUACCUGGAUCAGGUAUCUAGUCUCAUUGAAAAGAAGAAUACAAAUAAAAUUGUUGAGUUCUUUUCAAGGGAAUCUCAUGACCAAGAGGACAACCCGGCCCCAGAAGUGACCGAUGAAUUGCUCGAUAAGACUUUGAAGAAAGUCCUCAAAGCCGCUGUCCAAAUAUCUCAUCAAGAUGACGAUACAUUGGAGGAAUCAAUUGAUACAAGAACCGGGUAUUAUACCUCAUUCAAAGACACAUCAUCAAUGCCUGCAACCGCAAAAGCCUUCUAUCAAGCGGCCGCACACCAAUCUGGCUUAACCCUAGAAGCACUGACAAGAGCAGUUUAUAUGAUGGAAAGAGCAAUAUAUGUAUGGCAAAGAGAUAAUUAGUAUAAAUAAUACCAUUUCAGUCUAUUAUAAACAAAAUCCAGCGAUUCAACUAUUUCUUUCCCAACAAGCUUAUGAAUA